CGAACGCAAAGUUUCCCGCUUUUACUUCUGUCAAAUUAGAAACAGUAAAAUCCAAAUGAAACCAGAAAAAUAAUUUAUUACUUCAGCAGGAUUUUUUAAAGUUGAAAUCUCUGCUAUUGUUGGAUAUUUUUGAAACAGUUCAUUUUAAAUAGAAGAGAAUACUGUAUUAUUUGUGCUUUAAAAUUACUGUCCAGUGCCAUUACUUACUAUGCCUAUGUUAAAAAGUGAUAGUAGUAAGACGAGGGGAAAGGCCAAAUCACGCAGUACGCGUGCAGGGCUGAACAUGCCUGUGGGCAGAAUUCAUAGAAUUCUAAAGAACGGUAACUAUGCACCUCGCAUUGGGGGAGGCGCUGCAGUUUACUUGAGUGCUGUGCUCGAAUACUUGGCUGCAGAGAUAUUGGAGUUGGCUGCGAAGGCAGCCGAUGAUAACCAAAGAACUAGAAUUUCGCCUCGUCAUAUUUUACUGGCUGUACGCAAUGAUGAUGAGUUGAACAAAAUGCUGGAGGGUGUAACAAUAUCACAGGGUGGAGUGAUACCACACAUUGAACAGCAACUCUUACCAAAGAAGACAAAUAUGAAAAGUCAAUAUAACACUAAUAGCUCAUCUCAAGAGUACUAGUGUUCAAUAACACAACUUGUAUUUGACCAAAAUCACAGUUUUUACAAAGAAGUAGGUGGGGGUGUAGAUUACAUGUAAACAAAAAUCUAUUUUAUAACAGUUUAGCUUUUUCAUAUAUAAGAUGAAGCCUAAUGUCUCAUAUUAAAAGUACAUGGCUGUAAUCAUAACUAUCACUAAGCAUGAUGAACUUUAAUUAUUCUUAAAUGAUGGUGUGCUACAAUAUCUCCCUACAUCUUGUAUGAAAUUCUGAAAUUAUACUUGUGAAUUGUUUAUUGUUAAAAUUAUGUUGUGACUAAAAUGUGAGUUUUGAGUAGUCCCUAGUGGAUGGCUGUGUAAUUUGUUUUUAAUUAAUGAUGUAAGUGCCUAAACAUAUUGUGAGAUUAAGCCUUGUUCCAAAAAUUAUUGACAUGAUGAAAUAAAGAAUGAGCGGCUUUUUUAAAUGUA